AUGUCCGCUGCCUGCCUCCCCGUCCCGCCUCCCAGCAGACAUCGCGCCUCCUCGACCAAUGUCCGCCCAGCUCUGACCCUUAAUUCCCUCGAACGACGACCGUCAAACUCCGUGCUCGACAUGCCCUCUGAGCUCGGCACCAUCCCCGGCUCCCCUGCCCCAAACAUGACCGUCACUCCCAACCUGUCGCUCGACAUCCCCACAUCUACCAAGUCGCACCCGGCACCGCACUUUGCGCUCGCCUCCCUCCUCACCCAUUGGACGACGUCCCUCCAUGCCGUGGCGGACUCAGGAUUCACCUCGUCGCCGUCCUCGCCGCUUCAUAGCCGCGCAAGCACGGACGACUCCUCCAUCCUUCCCAUGUCCGCGUCCCCGACGCGCGCCCACUUCGGGGACCUCUCGACGCUCGAGAGACCCCAGCAGAAAGCGAAAGCUCGCCUGUGGGAAGGUCAUCCAUCAGUCCAUACACCCGUGCUCUUCGUCCUCAUCCUCUUCCCACUGUCGACCGCGCUUAUUCUCUUGGCCGCUUCGACGCUCCCAAUCACCGCGACAUGGCCACGCAACCUGCCGGACCUUGCGCAGCUCGGCCGGGAGCUGCAUGGGUAUGCGCAGAGCGGUGUGCUUUCAACAACGCACAUCGUUGGUGUGCUCUCCGCAGCGACCAUUUGGAUGCACAGCUGGUCAAUACCUGGGAGCGUGUUGACGAACGUGCUUGCCGGGGCGCUCUUCUCGCCAGCGCUCGCGAUCCCCCUGUUGACGCUGCUCACCACGCUCGGGUCGUUGUCAGCAAGUACACUGGCGGCGCCGCUAGGCCCGUUCCUCACGCGUUUGCUUCCGAAGCCCCUGGCAAUGACGAGGUCGGUAUUGGAGGGCAAUGAUUCCAAAGACGGGUCUGCUCCCUGGGUCCGUCUCUCGAUUCUGCGACUCAUCGGCGUCGUCCCAUGGUCUGGAAUCAACAUCGCCUGUGGGGUGUGCGGGGUCGCGGUCUGGGACUGCUUCCUCGGCGCGCUCAUCGGCUCGCUGCCAUGGACCGCGGUGACCUGCCAGAUUGGCGACAUCCUCCAGACCGUGGCCACGAACCCGCGCCCGUCGAUGUCGGUGCAGUCGAUUCUGACGUCACCCGAGAUCGUCAUGAAGCUCGCCUUCCUUUCCUUCCUCUCCCUCGCCCCCAUCUUGGGCCGCAACCAUCUCCGCGCAUGGCUCUCCUCGCAAGCGCCUGUGGAGCCCGAGGCCUCGUUCGGAGCAGUCGAAGAGAAGGAGACGGCCCGUCGCUGGGCCUGGGUCAAGGAAUGGCGCACGCGCAUUCGGUCCGCCUCGCCGUCAAGCAUCCGGGCCGCGUCCCAGGCCGAGCUCCAUGCUCUCGUCCGCGAAAAGGAGGCUCUCUCUCCAUGA